CGUUGGGCUGGUUUGGUCCGAAUCGCCAGCUAAAGCUCCGUAAAAUGUCAAAGCUUCACAAGACAUAUUAAGCCAACCUGGUAUGUGCUCCAGUCAAAUGGACGCCUUAGUUCUGAAAAAACGGGGCUACACUCUCGGAAUACAUUUAGGUGAGGGAUCCUACGCUAAAGUGAAAUCUGCAUACUCCGAGCGCAGGAAAAUAAAUGUUGCCGUUAAAAUUAUCAACAGAAACAAGGCACCAAAGGACUUUUUAGAGAAAUUCCUGCCACGCGAAAUUGAAAUGUUGGCAUGUCUCAACCACCCUAACAUCAUCAAAACCUUUGAGAUCUUCGAGACUUCGAAUGGGAAAGUUUUCAUGAUAACGGAGCUCGGCGUACAAGGUAACCUGCUGGAGUUCAUCAAAUUCCGCGGGGCAAUCCCAGAAGAGUUUAGUAGGAAAGUUUUUCGCCAGUUGGCCGGGGCCAUUAAAUUCAUUCACGACAAGAACAUCGUCCAUCGCGAUCUGAAGUGUGAAAAUCUUCUCUUGGAUAAGGAUUUCAAUUUGAAAGUGGCUGAUUUGGGCUUUAGUCGCAAGAUGACCUACGAUGACAGUGGUAACAUGGUGCUGAGUAAAACUUUCUGCGGCUCUACCUCCUAUGCCGCACCUGAAGUAUUGCAGGGGCAUCCAUACAACCCCAAAAUGUACGACGUCUGGAGCAUGGGUGUUGUUCUGUUCAUUAUGGUUUACGGGUCGAUGCCCUUCGAUGAUUCAAAUGUAAAGAAGAUGCUCAAGGCUCAAAGAGAGCACCGAGUGGAAUUCUAUCGGUCAAGAAACCUCUCGUCAGAAUGCAAAGCGUUGAUCUACAGGAUGCUGCACCCAGACCCACUGAAGAGAAUCGACAUUUGUUGUGUUAUUGAACAUCCAUGGCUACAAGCACAGUGGAAACUGGAUGAGGGGAACAAUGUACGUCACGAGGCAUCAGAACCGUCCAAGGCUUGCAGCAAAGACGACAAAGAGGAGAACACGCAUUCCAAGGAGCACAGAAAAGGCCCAAUGGCGGAGGUCGACGGAGAACCCGACCACCAUCAGCCAGCCACUGUGAUGUGCGAGACCACUGUGAGGGCCUAACAACUGUGUGACUGAACGAGCUGUAGUAUUAGCAGACAAAGAUGCCAAAGGAUAUCACAGAUGAGGACAGUGUUAGAGGCAUUCAGCAGUCAAAACUGGAGUCAUUUCAUCUGAGGUGGUUGGCAACUGGAGGAAUGGACCAGCUAGAAGUAGUUAUUAAA